AUGAUGACAAAAGAAGAAGCCCAGACACGGAUUAGGACGCAGGUGAUGACGAUGGCAGAGAUGAGGAGACUGGUCAAGGAGCACGGGUUGGUGGUGAAGUUUGGGCAAUUUAGUCGAAAAGAAAGAGAAAUUAUCGAUGGAGUCAUUUUGGAGCACAUGAGGGAGCAGGAGUCUACGAUGGACGAACUGGGAAGGUGGACGAUCUACUGCAACUUCGAGGCACCGCAGGAGUACGACACAUUUGAUGCCAGGGGACUCAUUUGCAAAAUAGUUGAUAAACUCAAACAUAGGGCAUUUCUGACUGUCUAUAGGGAAGUGGCAUUUCUGUACAAUCCGUAUAGGAAGAGAGAAUUCACGGCAGAAGACGACAGGGAGUUGCUGCGACUCAUUAAGGAGCAUGGGACGAAGUAUAAGAAGUUUCAGCCGAUUAUAGAGCAUGCUGAGGUAGAGAUAGCAGCACGAUACACGUGUGUGUUGGCUGAAAUAGAGGUGAAAUACGUUACAGCAGGGGCAUUGAGGCGGAUUGAGGCGACUGGUUUGCCAAGAAACAGGGAGGAGCUGAAGGAGUUGGCAAAGGCCUUUGGAGUUGAAGAGCACAGGCUUCAUCGUGCAAUUGUGAAGUACCUGAAUGGAAAGGCCUUUGGGCUUCUUAGAGAGAAAUUGGUAGAUGCAGAAUUCGCAUUGGAGUUGCUUAGAAACAACUUCCAGUGCAGCGUAAGUGUGGACAUAGACAGAAUCAUAGGGGUAGUUAGGGACUCAGAGACAGAGGGGAUUUCAAGUGCAAGGGAGUUUGUUCUGAGGCUGUUUGAGGACGAGGAGCUGGAGAAGAGGGAUCUUCGUGUGAGAAUAGAGAUGGAAGACAUCUUUUGGGACUACUUCAGCAAGAAGCACGAGUUGAGCUACCACUCAGCAAUGACGAGAUACAAGGGGAUUGCAAGAAGAUGGGGAUGGAGGAUGUUCAGAGACGUCUAUGCCUCUGUAAAGGAGAUGCUUGUAUCAUUUCUGGAAGACAGAAUCCGUCAGGACGCAGCAGAGAAGCACAGUAACCGUAAAUAA